AUGCUGGAUCGCGAUGAUGGUCAUGUGUAUGGUCUAGACAUCUCAUCCUACAUGCACAAGGUUGCAUCCAAGCGCCUUCGUCCUUUCAUACGUGCCAAGCGAGCUACUCUACUCAUCUCAGAUGUGGAAUUUAUGCCUUUUCUUGAAUCCUCUUUUGACGUCUGUUUUCAUAUCAAUUCCUUUUACUUCUGGGCAGAUCUAGAUUAUGCAUUACGUCAAGUUUAUCGCGUUCUAAAACCUGGUGGUCGUGUUGCGUGUGCUUUUUCACCUAAACUUCUCCGUCGAUUCAAAGAACUUGGCUAUCUCGCAUAUGCUCGAUACGAUCCCUUGACCUAUUCGAUGGCCUUGGAGGCAUCUGGCUUUAGUCAUUUGGAAUGGCGUCAGUGGAGAGACCGCACUCCUAAUGAUGAACCCGCUGAUUCUGUUCCUCAUUAUAUCCCUUUUGACACAAUUACUGCCUCUAAGCCCUAUCUAAAAAUGUUGUCUGACCAAUAA